CCUCCCUCCCACCUCCUCCAUCCAUCCCUCCCACCUCCUCCAUCCAUCCCUCCCUCCCCGUCCCCCGCUGCAGGCUGAGAAGGACUGAUCCCUGGUCCUGACGACGAGGACUGCUGUGAAUCGCUCUCUCGAAUUGUUGGGUUGGUUCAACUUCCACAGCCCCUCUCCCCCUCCCACCUUAUCCGACCCCCCCCCCCCCCCCCCCACCACAGACCCCGCCAUGUCCCUGCCGACCCCGGCGAGUUGCGUGCCGGGGGCCAAGUCGCGGCGUCGAGGAGGGGGGCCGCACUGCGCCCUGCGGGUGGCGCUGCCCGACGGACGGGCGCUGGAGCUGGCCGCCGCGGUGAGUGUGACCGGGCAGGAGCUGCUGGCGCAGGUGUGUACGCUGCUGCGGGUCCGAGAUUCGAGGUUUUUUGGAAUCAGCAUCUCAAUCCGGAACGAGCACGUGUUCAUGGAGCCCCAGGGCAAGCUCGGCAAGUACUGCCCCAAGCAGUGGCUCCGGGAGGUGGCCCAGGCGCAGGCUGCCGGGAGGAGUGGACCCCCUCUAACUGUCUUCUUCCGAGCCCAGUGCUACGUGGACUUGGCCCGCGCCAUCCGGGACCCGGUCUCGAGGCACUGGUACUACGCGCAGGUGCGAGCCCAGGUGCGCGCGUCGCGGUGCGCGGGGAGGGAGGAGGCCUUCUUCUCGCUCGCCGCGCUCGCGCUGCAGUGCGACUUCGGGGACCUCGCGGUGGGGCCGGCCGGGGCCGCCUCGGGGAAGACGACGCGGGAGGACGCGGAGGCGCACGGGGACCCGACGGGGCGAGGUGGGGACCAGGGGGAACCGGCGCCGCCGCCGUCGCCGUCGUCGCCGCCGCCGCCUACUCGCCACGGCGACGCGGAGUACUUCGACCCCAGCGAUUACUUCCCCGCGUGGGUGCUGUCCCGCCGGGGCCGUGGCUUCGUGCUGCGCCACGCGCCGCGUGCCCAUGCUGAGCUGGCGGGGCUGGCACGGGGCCGCGCGCUGCUGCGCUUCGUGCGCGAGGCGUGCACUCGGCUCGCCGACGACGUCCCCGUCACGCGCUACCACCUGCUGCUCCACGAUAAACACGUGGACCGUGAACUCAUCCUAGGAGUGUCGUUCGAUGGACUUCAGAUUUUUCAGGGCCCGGGGAAGCACCAGGGGGAGUUUCUCUACGCGGUGCCGUGGACGAACAUCAGGAAGAUAUCGGCGCAGGGUUCACGGUUCGUGGUCCGCCUCGAGGGCCGGGCGUCCACUGGCGGCCGCCUGACGUUGUGCACCGGGCACCCGCGGCACGCGAGCGGCCUGCUGCACCACGUGCGCCGCUGCCACCAGCUGCACGUGCAGCUGCAGCCGCUGCUGGCGAGGAUGCGGGCGCGGGAGCAGGACGGCCUCCCCUACCGAGAAUGCUUCAUCAGCGACUACCCCGACUCGAGCCCCCCGGAGCCCCCCAGCGCCGACCUUGACCCCGCAAGACCACAGGGGGCCCGGCAGCAGCAGCAGCGAGGGGACUGCGGGGACCCUCUCGGAGGAGAAGCGGGGGUCGCGGCAGACGUCGGACAAGACGAGACUCAAGAGGAGCUGCCUCGGGGUCCGCGCGGGGUCACGCUCAGACGCGCACGUUCACAAGUCGUGCAGGAGACGUCACACAAGCGCCCCUGUGUGGAAGGCACGACUGCUCGGAGACACAGCUUCCAGGGUUUGUCUACGUCAUCUUCGACGGCUCCUCCUCUUGUCGGCCGGACCUCACGACCCAGGAGCCGCAGCUUGGACGGACAUCGCUCCCCCAUCACCAUCACCACCACCACCGCUACCGUCAUCACCACCACCGUCGCCACCAUCAUCCCCACCAAAACCACCACCACUCCGACCAACACAACUAUCACCACUAUCACCAGUAUCCUUGCCACCACCACCAUCAUCUCCACCACCAUCACCCCCACCACCAUAAUCCCCACUACCAUAAAUCCCACAAUGACCACCAUCCCCACCAUCCCCACCAUCAUCACCAGCACCAUUAGCUCCAUCAUCUUCCUCCCCGAAACCACCGCCUCUCUCAAUCCCCACUUCCCCAAUGACCCCGGCGACCCCGGCGACCCCGGUGACUCCGGCGACCCCGGUGACCCCGGCGAGUGGCGAUUCCUGGAGACGCCGCGGAUCCGGGACAGCGGCUACCACUCGCACUGCGCCACCACCCAGCGGCGCCGCGAUGGGGGCUACCGCAGCGGUGGAGGAGAGGCUACCGGUGGCAGUGGCGGCGGUGGUGGUGGCGGUGGGAUGAUGGGCCGAGACACCGCCCUCAUACCCACCUCGACCCCCAUCAACAAGGGCUCUUCGGAUGAUUCUAACUGA